AUGAAACUGAUAAUGGUUUGUUCACUGUUUAUAUUAUUAGCUCGACUUGAUUUAUCAACAGCAAGAACAAUUCGAGAGAUAAAUGAGGAUAAUAAUGACGAUANUAAUCUUCAUAGCCGUAGUCUCAAUGAUGCUGCAUUUCUAAUGUAUUUUAAAUCGCCAACUAUUAAACGACGAACGACUGAGGAUAAUGAUAAUGAAUUGAUGGUAAACGAAGAUGAAGGUAGUGCUUAUCGUCGUAAUAUUAGUGAUGCUGUACUCGAACAAUUGUUUUCAACAAUUCGAGAGCGAGCAGCAAAAUCAAGUAUGGAUGACGAUGUUAUUGAUGAUCUUAAUGAAUUUAUGGUUGAUGAAAAAAAUGCCCAUGAAAUAAUUGAUCUUUUAUUUGAAGGAAUGUCUGGGGUGUCUCUUGAACCACAAGUUCAAACCUUUGAAUUAGUUGAUGUUCUAAAGUUAACUGAUCAGCCAAUAAUAAAUGCUAUUCAAAAAUAUUGUCCAGAGAUUAUGAUUACAAUGGGUGAUUUGCAGCAAAAACAAAAAAGUGCUGAAUGUCGUCCAAAAUUAGCUGCUGGUAUAAAACAAAAGAUAAAAGAAUUGAAACAACGUGAUCCACGUCCAUAUAAAUAUCAAGGUGAUGAGCAUGAAUUUAACGAGUGGUUUGGAAAGUUAUUUCCAGUUAAUACAUGA